AUUCAAAAAUGAGAGCUUUUGAGAUGAGAUUUUCCGGUCAAUUCCUUCUUCACACAGACCGCAGUUCCAAUUGUGUGAUUUGUAUCGCUGGACUGAAGGUAUUGGUAACGAGGGCUCGCUACAAGUUCAAAGUUCAAACAACGUUCAAACUUCGAAGAUAAGAAAAUAUACCAUGACAUUCAACAUGUCAAGAACUAUCAAUGUGUUUGUCUUCGAUGGAUUAAAACUGAUGCAAAAUGCCAAAAAAAUCUUUUUUUGUAGAUCUUCGACGAUGCGUGCUUUUCCUUAUGCACAAGAGAAGCGUGCAGAAAAAGUUGGCGAUACAACGAACGAAAAAAAGAAAAAGAAUGCGACAGCUGCGAGAAAUUUAAAAAAGAAGCUUGAAAAAGUGCAAACACCGCUUGUUGAAAUCGAAUCUAUUUACAAUAUUCUCCCAAAAGCAGAAAAGUACAUUCCUAACCAUGAAAUCCCCGUUCCAAGAUAUAUAUGGAAGGAAAAAGACUGGCCAGAAGGCUUUCCUUCCUCUCCAGAAGAAGCAGGCACGGAUUUGUUUACAUUCUUAGAACAGAAAGAUUGCUAUCGCAGGUUGAAAAAGAUGCAGUUCAAGGAGUUUUGUGUUGGAAGUUUUAUCGAAGUGAAAUAUGCUGAUCAGUAUGCCACUGGCGGUGCAAAUAGAUUUCGUGGAAUCUGCAUUCGUAAAGGCCACUGGCAAAAUAGUUUGGGAGCUUCAUUUACUUUGAGAAAUGUUAUUGACAAUGAGCCUUUGGAAAUUACUUUUCAACUCUAUUCGCCACUCAUUCAAGAGUUAAGUGUCUUGAAGCAUCAACGCUUCAAGGAACACCGGUUAAAGUAUUUACGAGACUAUCCUCCUGCCUUCAGUUAUGUCAGUGAGAAAAUGAAGAUUCAGCCCUACACGGAGGAGCCUGAGCUUUUUGAAUUUAAUGAAGAACACAGAAAGAAAAUAGACAGAUGGUUUUCAAGAUUGAACCAAAGAAGUGUGUAGCUUUCAAGUACUUCAAGAUAUUAAAUUAAAUUUAAGUACUUGAUAAAACCA